UCACCUUGCAGCUGAUAGUGCAGGAGCUGGAGGUUUGAUGGAACUAGUAACUUAAAGACCCCGUAUCUACGCCGAAACAAUUACAAAGGAAAGAGGCUUGGACCGAUGGUGUUGCGGGCCUCUGUUUGCUAUGGCCAACACAGCCAGUGCAGGUCUGACAGCUGCAGACCCCCGAGUAUUGGCCUUAGCUGCUGAGGUCACUGAGAGCAGAGAACAAGACAUCCCCUUACUACUGCUGAAGUUAAAGGGAAUUGUAAAUGAUUCUUCCUUGGGAUGUGAAGAGUCAAAAAAAAUAAAACAAGAUAUAUAUGGUUAUAACUUGACUCAGUACUGCAUGCUGCUCCUUAGACAAGAUCACUCUCAACUGCAUGGAGGCUGGGCUACUGCUGCCCAGCUAGCAGAGAUACUGAGUCAUUGUUGUGUAGGACUGGAGGUGAAAGAAGAUCCUGAGGAGUUUCACAAGAAAUUUCUUCCUUCAGCUAUAGACAACCUGCUGGUUUUGGGAAGACGCUUGCAAGCUCGGUUUAUCCGAGCAAUCAAGGAUAGAGAAAAACAGGAGUUUUUACGCUGGUUCCAAACAGUAACUGAUGCCAUCUGCUGGCUGUGUGGUGGGCACAUUCAACUAGCAGAGUGUGUACUGCAAAAUGAUCACUUCCUGCAGCUCUUAGUAACAGAUGAUGUUGAAACAGCAGCUAUAACGAUGUCAGUUUUACACCACAUUUUGAGGGUCAAUAGUUCUGUCUUGCUUGAGGUUGAUGAGGAGACCCUUCAUUCUGUUUUGGAUGAGCUUGUUUAUAAGCUUUCAUCUACUGCAAAUCCCGUCAUAGGAAACAGUGCUACGAAGCUGCUGCUGUUGGUGGCAAAAUGUGGCAAGCAGCUUGUGAAGUUAAUCGCAGCUCGCUACAAAGGAUUAAAAGGACUUUUAAAUAAGCAGUGGACUGGAAAGGGAUUUGACAGGGAUCUCAAUCAGCUCUUGGACCUACUCUACUCAGAACAAAAAGGACAAAUGCAGAGGCAGCAUGAAGCAGCUUGUAUAAUCCAGGCUAUGUGGAAGGGAUUUCAGACACGGAAAAGGCUGAAAAAGCUACCCCAAGCAGUGACCACUUUACAGAGAAAAUUCAGAGCCAAACGUGAACAGGAGCUGCAGCAUUUAAAAAAGCAGAAGGAAGAUGAGGCUCUGAAACUGCAAAUGCAACUUCAGAGACAGAGGGCCAGGAGACUCUUCCAUGAACGACAGCUGGCCUUACUGGAAAUAAUCCAUGCCAGUCAGGUAAAUAAGUACAUGGAGGAAAUGGAGGGGAAAUCAGCAUUAACUAUCCAGAGAUUCUGGCGAGGCUAUAGAGCAAGAAGAAAUUUUCAUCAGGAGAGACAGUCUCUUAAGGAGUAUAAAGCAACUGUAAUCAUUCAGAGAGCAGCUUGUAAAUUCUUGGAAAAUCGAAGAAGGAGGAGAACUCUGUCUCCUUGGAGAGAUCCCAAGGGACUGACUGAUGAGCAGAGACUAGCUUUGCAGCAGAAGGUGGAUGACUACAUCAAAUUGCAUCCGGCUUCCCAAAUGUCAGAAGAAUUGAGUAAAGAAUUACAUAUGCAGGCCCAGGAAAAGCUGGCAUGGUUCCUGUUGAGGAGCAGACUGGAUCGGAGAGCAGUGCAGCGGAGAAAGUCGUUACUGGCUCAGGUCAACACUAAUGUGGAGCUGCUACUGAAUGCUCCAGGCUUAGCAGAGACCACAGAAAAAGAUCUUGAUGUCUUUAUGAGUCAGUCAAUCCCUGCAGCUACCAAGGCAAGACAAUCGCAUAACACUGUGCUGAAGUACACUCGCUGGCCAUGGUGGAAGAAGCUUGAAGAUGAGUUUACGGAGGAUGGUGUCAUUCCUGAUGAUGCUCUAAAUGCAGAACUAGGAACUCUGUUUAUUGGUGGAAAGAAGUCCACUUAGUAAUCCUUGUUAGGCAGAAGAAUUUCUUACUCAACCAGCCUCAUGCCUUGUACUAUGCAUUCAUUUGCUUGUGUUUUAAGGAAGGAAAACACUUGAACAAAGCAUUGAAAGCACUGAAAAAGAGCAAAGCCUUGUUUUAGUGCAUUUUACUUAUCUUAUUAAGAAUCUCUUCUUGUACAUCAACAAUUAGAUCCUAUUGAUUGUGCUGCUCCCAAUAGGAUUUAAGUACUGUAGUUGUAAAUGAGGAUGUUUUGUAAUUUGUGUCACUUUAAAUUAAGUUUAUAACCUUUGACUUUUCAGUUCUUACUCGUACUGGGAUGGGUAAAGAGUCACACCACAGUAGAAGUCUAGGCUUUUAUAGUAAAACAUUUUAUCAGGUGAUGUGCUUUGAGGUAAAAAUGGGUUCAGAAAUAAACAAGACAUCUGUAAGAGGUCAAGCAAGCACUGGGCAGGCUGGUUGUUUGCAGCAGGGUAGAACAGCUGAUGCCAGUUAGCACAGGCAAAGCUCACCCAAGGAACCUCCCCCAUCCUCUUGAAAGCAACAAGGGAAAGAGCAAGGAAAGGUAAAAAAAAUGCCAGUUCUCUCCACAGCCAAUGCAGUGCAUUGCAACGUGGGCACAGUCCAAGCUGUUCUAUGGGAUUGUAGCCACUGUGUCAGCUCUUUCCUCUUGAACCAUGCAGAUACUGUUUAAUCCAGAAAUGUCUCCACAGCACAGGGCUGCUGCAGGCCCUGCAACCUGGUACACAAUAGAAACCUACAUUCCAUGACCAAAGACUGCUGCUCAUCCAAGUUCCCAGAAAGCAAGGAGAACUGAAGGCUGCAGCUUGUACUGUAGGUACCUGAGCUAUUUUUUUAGGGGAAGGGCCCAGAGAGUCUUAAGAAUUAUAUCUUACCUUGCUGCAGAGAUGGGAAAAGUGCAGUGAUUUCUGCCAGUUGUAUGGGGGCAGCAACACUGGUUCAGCAUGUUUGUUUUCCAUUCUCUAUUUUAGG